CGCGCAGUGUUGGAGCGCGCGUCCGAGGCGUUCGACUUUCGAGUGGCGACGUGACGUACGCCAGCAUACCGUGUAUGUCUUCAUUAUUGAUGCAAAAGUUCCACGAUGGUAGAUCAUAACGAGAAAUUGUUAAAAGUGUUACAGAAGAAAAGUGGAAAUAAUAUUUGUGCAGAUUGUGGAAGCGAUGACCCAGACUGGGCGUCAUAUAACCUCGGAAUAUUCAUCUGUAUGCGAUGUGCCAGCAUACACCGAGGGAUGGGUGCCCACAUCAGCAAGGUUAAGCACCUGAACCUUGAUAGAUGGGAGGAUUCGCAGGUGAAGAGGAUGGAAGAGGUGGGGAACCUUGUGGCUAAGAACAAGUAUGAAGAGAGGGUGCCACCUUGCUACAGAAGACCGAAUAAAUAUGAUCCACAAGUGCUCAUCGAACAAUGGAUUCGUGCAAAAUAUGAGCGCGAAGAAUUCUGCCAUCCAGAGCGCCAGAGUUACCUUUCUGGUACCAUGGAGGGCUUCCUCAUGAAACGAGGCAAGGAAGACAGUCGUUAUCAGCUCAGGAAAUUUGUACUAAGUGAAACUGAGGACACCUUGAAGUACCACGUACGAGAGAAUAGGGAACCAAAAGGGGUUCUCAAGUUGUCAGAACUGAACGUAUGUUUUGCUCCUCCAAAGAUCGGACAUAUGAACUCCUUGCAAUUGACCUUUAUGAAGGAUGGCUCCACCAGGCAUAUAUAUGUGUAUCAUGACGAUUCAGAAGUCAUAAAUAAUUGGUACACAGCAAUUCGUUGCGCUCAGCUGCACCUCUUGCAAGUGGCAUUUCCUUCCAUACCCCAGUCAGAACUCGUCGAACGCCUUCCAAAAGACUUUGCCCGCGAAGGGUUUCUGUGGAAGACAGGACCUAGGCCCUCAGAUGUCCAUCGGAGGCGAUGGUUCACUUUAGAUAAUAGGAAGCUUAUGUACCACGAUGAACCGCUUGAUGCGUAUCCGAAAGGCGAAAUAUUUGUUGGACACGAGUCAAACGGCUAUUACAUCAAAGUAUCAAACACUGGCAAUGGCUGCAAGGACGCGAGGUUUCCUUUCCAGCUGGUCACCCCCGAGCGGACGUAUUGUCUCGCUGCGAAAACGCACGAAGACAGGGCGGGAUGGCUAGCUGUCAUACAGCAAACCAUACAAAGACCACUCACACCUCAGGAUUCCACAAUUGAGGCGACACUCGUUCGAAAAAGAACGACAUCAAAUUCCAUCAAUAUAUUCUCAGGGAGGUAGUCACCCCGCACUACCGCUUAGCGUAAGACCGUAUUAUAAGCAAUUUAAUCCUAGGGUUAACAUUUUAUAGCGUUGAUCGCUUAUAGCUUUGUAUAAUAGAUUCGCGACGCAAAUGAUUAGAAACGAUAUUCGAUGAUCGUAAUUUGUUUAUCCCAUCGAUAUAAACACACAAAUAGGCAAGUGCGUGGCGGAUAUUAAUAAUAUCUAACAUUUUAGUAUGAUUUCUGUGUUUAAAUUAAUUUUAUGCGUUUUGAGAAUGGUUUUUUAAACAAUAUUCAUUGAAUCAUUUCAUACAUAUUGUAGAUUUUAAUUUAUAAAUACAGGAAGGACUGAAUUUAAUGUUGUGACCUGGCCAUGCGCACAAUAUACUUUUAAUGUACCUGUAGCAAAUAUAUGAAUAUCAAUCCAAAUAUAUUAAUUUUAUAAGUUAUACGCAUUAAGCUCAUCUCAUUAAAUCAAUUUGUCAAUGGUAAUCAACUUGAUAUCGACAUGCAUUUUCAACACUUUAAAACUCGCGUAUUUCGCAUUUUUUAAUGAUAAAACUAUAAACAUGAACAUAUUUUUAAUCGUUUUUGUGUGUGGCGGAUAGGAACUUUUGUCGAUAUGUGACUUUAUAAUACUUUGUUAGGAAAAAGUUUAAGGUUAAACUUUCUAAUAAAAUAACUUGAAUCUUACAAGCUUAGAAAGCUAAAUUUCUGAUAAAUUUUAACAGGCAGGAAAUAAAAAAUAAUUGCUAUGUUGCAAAUGCUCGUCACAAUAUAAAGAUGUCACACUUAAAGUCACAGAUUAAUGAUUGUAAAAACGUAUUUUUAUGAUUUUGUCAUUGUAUAACCAUAGUCGUAUACACAAAAAUUAAUAAAUAUAUUGUAAAAGACAUUUUACAGGGACUGUAUUAUAUCGUAAUAAAUAUGUACUUGGCGGAACCGUUAAUACAUUAUAAAUGUUAUCUUACCUGUAGUAGUUAAAAUAUAUGUAAGUAAGUACAUAUAAAAAAGUUAUGAACCUUUCUUAGACCACAUUGUAUUGCAAUUCCUCAAUUAGGAGUAUUAUUAUAUUAAUGUUUCAUUUUAUUGUACUUCUUUAUAAUAUUUUAUUGUGGUAUGCCAGGUAUAAUAAAUAAUAAAAUUAACUUGUCAAGUUUCCUGUGUAAAUACAAAAUAGUACCUACAGAAUUAUUAUGUAUAAUUAAUUUUUAUUAUUAUUUAUUCAGACUGUCCUGCAAGUGUAAGAAUAAUCACUUUUCACACCACUUUGUUUCGUUUAAUUAGUAUACAAACAUAAAAUAAUAUUAGAAACAUUUUCAUUAUGUUUUUUACAGAAGUAAACAAUUAUAACACUAGAUGUAGUUAAAGGUAUGAUUUCUUUGAUUUGUCAAUAUUCUAAUGAAACACGAAUAUCUCCUCCAAUAAUGGACGUUCUAUGAUAAUUUACCGUUACAGACAACUCUUAAAUAAAAAAAAAUUCUGAGGUCAAUUUAUAGUAAAAAAAUAUGCUACCUACCCAUAUCUUACUUAAAUUUUGUAAUAAUUGUGAGAAUUAAAAAAACAGAAAAAAAAGAUUAUCAAUUAGUGUGUCUUAGAGCAGUCUUGUCUGACAAAAAUGUAGGUAAGGCUGAGAGCUAAGUUGCCGGGCUAGGAAAUAAUUAUAUUGUGUAAGCUAAGUGUCUAGUUGAAUAUGUACCCCGUUUGCUCAUUAUUUAUUUGUAAAGGUAUGAUUUAUUUAUUCAGCUUCGGUUUUAUCGUUGUUGAAACGCCAAAUAGUUACGUAUGGUUUGAAAGUCUUCAAAUUAAUAUUAGGUUCAAAUAAAAUCGAAUUUACAAUUUAAUAUUCAAUAAAAAGAAUGAUUUGAUGUUUUUCUGUAAAUAAUUAAAAAACCGUACGCAUCAUGAAUAUAAAACAAAAAAAAAUUAUUUACUACUAUUGACUGAAAAUAUAUUGGUAUUCAUUAAUCAACUUUGCAUUAAUAUUGAGCACUUUAAUAAUUAUAUUUUAUUCAGCAGGUCAUUAGUAAAUUUUUACACGCGCAAUAAACUUUUAAACUGUAUUAUCUGAAUGGUCGGUUGAUUUAGUUUAAUUUUAAUGCAAUAAGGUAGUGUGCACUAUCACAAUAUAUAAUUAAUACUCUGGAAUUCGGGCUUUAAUCAUAAAUGUACGAUUUUAGUAAAUUGUAUACAACAUGCGUAAAAAUGUUUAUAUUAAUAAAAUAAUAUCUAAUUAUAAACGACACCCAUCACAAUAUUUAGUAGAAAAUAUUGACUGAUUUCGCAUCGGUUUUAUUGAAUAAGUCUUAGUUAAAUAAAUAGUAAGUACAUAUUAACAAUAUUGUAGAGGAUAAUAGGCAAAAGUACCAUUAAAUAUAGAGGCCAAUAUAUUGGAACAAUGUAAGAAUGCUAUACCUGCAUCAUAAUGGAUGUUAUUAUUCUGUCUCGAGCAAUAAUACGCUGUCUUACAUAUUGUAAUUUUUUUUAUAAACUAAUUCGCAAGCAAAGCAAUAAUUCUUAGUGACAAGUAGUAUCAACGAUAUUUUUGUAGAAAUUUUGGGAAGAACAUUUUGUAAGUUAUCAUGCAAUACAAUAUAUCUUAGUUAAGAUCUAUAGUUGAACACUUUGAGGGGUCAAUUUUUAUGUAUGAGUGAGGUACAUUUCACCCAAAUUUGAUAAAAACAUACGUUUUAUUGUCUUUAGUGAAAUAACAAGUCUAGAGAGAAAUAAAAUCACGUUACACAUACCUAAUAUCUGUAGCAAUCGAAUAGCGGUAUGAUAUUUGCGUCUAUAAAGUAUAAAGAAAUACACAACAGUUCAAUCGAAUAGAUAUCUAGCUAACUUAAAAAAAUAAGUAUAUUUCAUAUUAUGAUAGUCUUACAUGUAAAAGCUAGGAAGCUACCAAAAAUAUGGUAGAGUAGUAAUAUUUUAUAAUUAUAAUUUCUAUUAUAAUUAAAUUUGAUACAGAAAAUAAAUGCUUGAUAAGUAUUAGGUUAAGGUGCAUGAAUAUAAUUCAUUUAGUGGAAAAAGUAUUUAAUAGCUUAGUGUGUUAGGGCUGAUAGAAAGGAGUAUACAUAAUAUUAUUUAACGCCCCGGUUACCAUUCGUUUAUUGACUAAACUCGCUCAUCAUUUGCUGAUCUGAAUACUUGAUAAAAAAAUUACGAGACUAGGCCAAUUAGGUUCAAUAUUAAAUUAAAUACAUAUAAAAACUAUAAAUUUUAAAAAAGGUGUACAGACUGAAAAUUCUCAAUUUUGUAUUUCCCUUAUCUGAUCCAACAUAGAUAAGUAAAGAUGCUGAUAUUUUUUUUCUGAAACAAUCUCACAUAAGUAACUUUCUUUUUUAUAAUAAGCGGCCUUAAUUUUAUUUGCGCAACGCAGACAUUGCAAGUUGAUUUUCGAUCACAUACCUAGUUAGACUUGAAACUUUAUAUCAGCAAAUGUAUACAGUUUAUGGAAAUUAUAUAAAUAACUUAGGCACUAAAUCCCAACCUUAGUUAUGAGCGGAAUGUCACAGACACAGCUACAUAUGUGUAGAGUUUUUGAUGAUUCGACCAGGAAAAUGGGUCAGCUACAAAAUAUUGAAAUAUGUAUUUAUUUUAUUAUUCUUUGUAUGUCAGGAAAACUCUGUCCGAUCCGCAAGUAGAUUUUCAGUAAUAUGAAAAAACAAAUGUGGUCGGUAACUUACAUGGCCAUAACAAGUGCCGAUUUUUUUUACCUAAAAUAGGUUUACUAUUCAUGUAAAUCACCCAAGAUGCAUUGGCCUGAGGCUGAUGUUUAUACCUACAAAAGUUAUCAAAAGUCGUCCUACUAUCGUGUGGCGGUAAGCAACGUUUACCGAAAUUGUGCUAAGAUGCAGUAUUUUUAGUUAAAUUUACUUCGCGUACAGCGGAUACGGCGGCGAUUUAACGACAAACAACAGGGUAGCCACAUUGAAAACAAUCUAAAUAGGUAUAAUGAAUAUUUUGUGGUUUAGAAAUUUUUUGUAAAAAAUGUGCUCUUAUUUGACUCUUAACGAAUUCACAUACGAUAUAAGAGUGUCAAAAUUAUAGUGAAGUUGAUGACCUUUCUCUUCUUCACUGUAAUAAAUAGUUUACUAUACAUAUUAAUGUUAUUAACAAAAUUAAAUCUAGUUCCAAGAUUAUCUGAAAGUGAUUAGUUAUGUAUCGCUUAAGAACUGAGGUAGGUUGUAUUUUAACUUAUGGUCUUAUAUUUUUAAUAAUCUCCAUAAAUAUAAUAAAUAAUUAUUUUCAAUAAUGUUGUCCAGCCGUACAUUAUGAUUUGUAGCUUAUAAUGCUUUUUAUUCUACUAAAAUUAGAGUAAUUCCAUGUUUUAUACAAAAAGUAAGUUUUGUAGAUCUUUGUUUAACCAAAUUUUACUGCCACUGGUAUGCUAUGCCCGUUUAGUUAAGGUAUUUUUGUAAAUUUAUUUUAUUAUUAUGACAAAUUAUGUGAUGGACAGUCGCACCUUGCUUUAGUUAUAAAUACUUAAGUUAAUGUAAAUUAUUUAUAGAAAAAUUACCAAAACAUGCCUCGCUUAAGUUUUACAUUACGAUUUGUUGUAAAUAAUCUAAACAAUAUUUAUAACGAGCUGUAGCAUAAUACAUAAAAUUAUUAUUCUUAUAAAAUAAAUAAAGUUUU